UCGCUCUUUCUCCAAUAACACUCCAAUAUGGUCUAAAAUUAAUUUGUAGGGGUGACUGAUUAGUUUUAGGGCACUUCGGUGGACUUUUUAGUUUUAGGGGACCUUGGCAGUGUGGGAUUCAUAGAGGGUUUUUUUUUGCAAUCGGCAAACAUUAUGAUGAUCACAGCUAAGUUAGAGCUAGCAUCCUUCAACCCUUGAAGCAUCUCGAUAUUCUCAUCUCUAUGAGUUUAUUUUUUUCCAAGUUUUUAGGCUUUGUGUUCCAGUGAAAACUCUUUGAUCCUAACUGUCGCUUUGUGUUCCAGGAGCAAUGGAACUUUCUAAAGGGAAAGGGAAGGCCAUCUGUGUAUCCAAGGGAAAGAAAUCUCUGCUGGAUGGUGAUUUGGAAAAAACUGUUAGGUUUCUUUGAGAAAAGAAUGUUGGCGUAGUGAUCCGUGAUGAGCAAGAAUUGAAUCAGAUUUGUAUGCAUGGGGAAAAAGCAAAGGCAAUAGCAAUUUGUGGAGGUAAAGAAAAUGUUGCACCUAAAGUGGCACCUAAUGAUAAUGUAAUAUCAAAGGCCCAAUGCUUACGACAUGAACGAGAGAGAGCAGGAGAAUGCAUUCAACCGAGGCGGCCCACAUUCUUUUCGUCCUUAACACCAAGUCGUCGUCGACGUGCAUGCUUAGAACGUGGCAUGAUGGCAACAAAUAUCAAUCAAUUGACUUCUACAUCUAUAGAAAUUCCAGCACCAAAGCGAGCAAUGCUUUCACAUGCCUUUCAGUCAUCAUCAGUUGUGGUGCUUCCUAAAACACCAAAUUUGAGGGACUAUUCUGCAAUAACUGUGGAUAGUAUGCUAUGUCAUCAUGAAGCCUAGCCACACCAACAUGAGGUAUUGAAUAUCGAAGAAUCUGUAGCUAUGCCGAGCAUUAUCGAAGAAUCUGAUUCUGAAAUGUGUCAUCCUUCAAUGCCUCCUCGGAAUCUCGAAGAAGAGUUUCUAGCCGUGGCAACUCCUCCACGGAAUAUUGACGAAGAACUUCUACCUAUGCCGGACACAUCUUUAGCUCCAAUUCAUCGGUAAAUUU